ACUGACUAAAUUUCAUUUCACUGUAUCGCGUCUCACGUUAUCGGGCAAAAUUAUAUAUUUUCGAAAAAUAAAAUAAAAUUUUAAGCAUUAGUAUUGUAGCAUUCCAAAUUUCCGGUAAAUUGUAUUACUCUGAGACCAAAAAAAAAUAAAAAAUAUGCCGUCGAAGAGCGUCUCAGCCGUGCAACGCCUUACGCAGACAUUACGCCAUUACAGUGAGAGGAAACUGAUGAGGAAAGCUUAUGAUGAACUCAAUUUGAGUAGGGUGAUGCGUGCAUGGCCUCGACGCGAAGAGAACUUCGCAGCUGUUCAAUUACUGCGUCAGAGCCGUAACUGGAAUAACUAUCGCCGACAUGGCAUAGCUGGUUACCCCAUUCGUCGGAACAACAUUCUGUCGCACAGAAGUGCGUGCAUCAAGCGCAGGUUUAUGGAUAAAACAUCAAGGAAACGACCAGCCAAACAAGUUUCAAGCGAAAUGUUAACGUCUUCAAAACAGGACGACUCUAAUCAGGAGAAUGUCAAUGAUACGGAACAGGAGGUGCGUGCGUUGCGUGAUGUCAUCUUUGGCGGGCAAGAUAACAUCGAUGAUGAGUAUGAAAAACAGCGUCAAGCAGAUGCAGAGUUGCUUCAUCGCGUAUAUGUCCGCCGACCCGUUCAUCGAGAAACAGUGCUCUCAAAGAAGGUGAUUGCUCCGUACUCCACAUAUCGAACUCAUCGCAAUAGUUGGGGAGAAUUUCGUCAUCGCAUGAUUUACGGCGAGUUAGGAUUUUAGCUCUGUUCGAACGAGCUGCAAGUAAUAGGAAUGGUGAAGCUUUUAUGCAACUGCUCAAAAUAAAUGAAAGCAAUUAUAUGAACUUUGUUCCAAAUACUCCCCCUGUCUCAAGCACUUAGCCCAAUUUAACGCUGGACACAUCAAAGCGCUAAUUACGCCAACAAGUGCCAAAUGCAAUGAGUUUCAAGUUAAAUAUGUAUAAAUAAUAAAAAAAAUAUACAUGUAUAUAUAUAAAUGUACUAAAAUAAACUCUCGCAAAAC